GGGGGGAGUAGUUCGAGUCGCUCCAGCCCCGGGCGGAGAGGUAACGGUCCGUCCUUCCAGAGCCCGGGUUCAAAUUCAAGAGCGGGAGGAGGAGGUGGUGGGGGGGGACACACGCACGAGCGAGAAUAAAAGAACCCGCGGCGGUUUGUUUUUUUUUAGGGGCCGUUUGAAGUCGCGCGAAUACCCCGCGUGAGAGAGGGAGAGAGAGAGAGAGAGAGAAGGGGUCGCGCGCGUGUGUGAGAGAGAGAGAGAGAGAGAGGAUGAGCAAAACUUACAGCAGAUCCGCCUCCCUGAGGUACUGCGACAACGCGGCGGUGGAAGUGAAGAGCAAGUAUGGGGCAGAAUUCCGAAGAUUUUCUUUAAAUCGUUACAAGCCUGGAAAGUUUGACGAAUUCUAUGGUCUGAUUCUUCAUAUACAUAACCUUUCAAAUAUGGAUGUAUUAAUUGGAUAUGCUGAUGUCCAUGGUGACUUGCUGCCAAUCAACAAUGACGACAACUUCUGCAAAGCCGUCUCGAUGUCAUGCCCGCUACUCAGGGUUUUUGUGCAACGGAGAGAAGAGGUAGACUACAGUCUCUUCGGCACAAAUUCACUGACACGAAGGAAAAAACCAUUGGUGGGACUACGUAAUGACACCCUCCGUAAAAGAUCUCACAUCAGCAUUGGUAUUCCUCAAGACUUCAGACCCGUUUCUUCCAUCAUUGAUGUGGACAUUCUUCCUGAAACACACAGAAGAGUCCGAUUAUACAAACAUGGGUGUGAAAAACCAUUAGGAUUUUAUAUUCGAGAUGGCACCAGUGUGAGGGUGACUCCCCAUGGACUGGAGAAGGUUCCUGGUAUCUUUAUCUCACGCCUAGUACCAACAGGCUUAGCCGAAAGUACAGGGCUCCUGGCAGUUAAUGAUGAGGUCUUAGAAGUGAAUGGCAUUGAGGUGACUGGAAAAACACUUGAUCAAGUGACUGACAUGAUGAUUGCCAACAGUCACAAUCUCAUUAUCACAGUGAAGCCGGUGAACCAGAGGAACAAUGUUAUACGUAGCAGUCGAAUGUCUGGUAGCUCUGGCCACUCCAAUGACAGUACAGCCAGCCAUCACAGUCUACCUUCUGCCCACAUUGUGCAGAACUAUAAUCCUGAAGAUGAAAGCGAUGAGGAACCUGACAUUAUUAUUGAGGGUUGUGGUGAGCCAGAGCACAUUCCAGUUACACUUCCAUCUUCACCUCACACCUCUUCUCGAACAAACAGUGGAAACCUAAGCCAGCGACUGCAGAAGGAGCUGGCCCUCAAUGGUUCAGUUAGAGAAAGCAAUGGAAAUAUCCUUAAAACAUUGAGUGCUAUCAAGGCUGAGGCGAGACACAGUCUGGCCAUCAGCAGAGGUGGCGUAGAGGAGGAUGGAACAGUUAUAACCCUUUGAAUUUUUUGGUUUAGAUUUGUUUAAAGUGAUAACCGAGAACAAUAUUUACUCAUAUUUACUUUUUCAAAAAGAAUCUGGUUUGGGGAAAAUUUCCCUGGCUUAUGGAAAUUCACUACAUAUCUUACAGGAUGUUCUAAUUGCCUUUAAUUUUAAAAGAUGUAGUGCUCAAAUUGGAAUGCAUAGGUAAGCAGCUGCUGGAGCGUAUCACCUACCACUGUCGGAGAUAGGGGGUGUAGCAAAGAGUAGACUCUUAUAUUUUAUGCUAAUUUAUGUUGCUCACCACGUAGCUCCUAGUACUAUCUAGUGAGGUUAAACCUGUGCUUAUCCAAUGUCUAGAACCAUCUAAUCAAAAAGUGACGAUGAUCCAGGGGGAAUAGAUAAGUGGCUGUUUAGGGCUGAGUUAACUCCAAGGGACACGUGUGGCAAGGCCAGAUAGGAAUUGAGUUCCACCUUCUGUGGUAGUUUACUAGACUGUCCUGAGACAGGUAUUGUUGAUGACGGAUCAGCCAUCUUGACUCAUUAGCAGGACUUGGAGAAGCAGACUGAUUGCUGGGAGCAGGGAUUCUUUCCACUCAGUUCCUGUAAACCACGCAAACCAAAGUCGUAAGAUGAACAAGCAAUGUGAAUCUUUACAAUGGAAGACUGCACUGUUUUAGCUGGUUAGACUCUAGCAGCUGGGGUGCCCAGAACUUGGCUCUUAUGAACCUGCACCUAAAUUCUCUGGGCCUAGGCAAGGAAGUUCAUCCCGCCGGGGAAAUAAUCAGAACUCCAACCUAGAUCAAAGUCAUCAUAGAACCCCUCUUUAACAUGGUGAUUUGGGUCUGUAAAAUCAGACCACUUGGUAUAAUGGGUUGAACUGUAGCGCAGCUGCCAGUCAGCGCUUCCAGGUCACUCUUUCAAAAAAAAGUUUAAAGGAGUAACACUGGUUUAUACAUUUUUAAAAGCAGAAAAAACAAUCAUGUCAGUGGUUUGCAAACAGCUGAUUCUGUAUAGCACAGCGCCACUUGCUGGACGAAAGUAUUAUUGUGUAUGUUGGCAAUAAUCAUGCGGGAGGGAGGCCAGUUACUUCAUCCCUGAAUUGUUCGAUUUCACCUCAUGCUGGGCAUUGCAGCUGUUGAUCUGUGCAUAACCAAUGAAUUGCAGAUGGUUUUAGAUUUUUUUUAUUAAAUGCAUAUACUGCUAGGUAGUCUUAGGAAGUGGAAAAGAUUAGUUUUGAACUGUUGUACCAUGAAAAUACCCAAUCCCACAGAAGAAUCCAAUUUUUUUAACUUUGUAUGUUUUAAUGUUAAAUAUUGUAUUUUUAAAUGAUUCAAACAUUCUUAAAAACAUUCAGUAUGUCUAGAGUAGAGCGGUUUUAUCGAUGAGCAACGGUUCAUUGAACCGAUAGUUCAACUAGUAAGUUCAGUGUAGUCAACUUCAGUUUAGUCUAAAAUUAAACAUCACAGGAAAAUUACAGGUUUGUUUGCUGGUCUGUGCUACGUCAGCCUAAUUCAGCCGUGGUGACAAAUGGGAAAGGUAGAAUUGACCUCAGUGUUUCCAGGAAAAUUCGACCAGACUUCCUAUUUCUAACCAGUAACUCCUGCUGGAAAACACAUUUUGCAACAGUCAAGUGAGAAGAGGUUUGAGGCACAGGUGAUUCAAAAUGCAGGUUUUUUAUUUUUAUUCCCCUCGUGGUUCAUGGUCCUCAUUACCUGACUGGACUCGAUCUUCAAUCACACAUUAAGAAUGGCCACUUGGCUGAGUUUGGAGUUGGUGUACUCCUGUGGAAUUGUAACCCAUUAUGAAUCAGAGGCUUCAAGAAAAGAGCAAAAUAAAUUGAAAUCGAUUGCGAUGUUAAUGUACCAGCAAAUCCAAGUUAUCAAUAGCUAUGCUAUGUAUAAUAAUCGGCACCUUAGAAUGUGAUUCACAAGGUAAUAAUCUAACGGAGGUUUAGAAUGAAAUCUGAAACAAUGGGAGCAAAGUUUUAACAGAUUAUAGUCCACAUCUGAACCUCACAAUUAAGUUGAAUUUGAAAUCCCUUCAUGGUAUUUUUAUAACAUAUUGCCCCAAGUUUACAUAUUACUUUCAUUUUGGGUGUGUUUUCCACCAGGGUAACUGUUUAGGUCCAUGUCUGAGGCUAUUCACGUAGGAUUAGCAAUUGUCACGUGUGCAAUUGGGAAAUUUUAAUUUGGACUGCAUUUAUUUUAAGCAUAAUAUUAUUAGCUGAGCCCCACCUUGAAUUACUGAUUGUCUUCUGGAAUAUUGUCACUAUAAAAUAAUGUUCAUGAUUAGAUAAACGGGUAUUUUCCAGUAGAUGUAUUAGGGCAUUCACUAGACUUUAUCAUAAACUGAUUUUUUUAAUAGGUUGUGAGCUCUGACUAAGCCAUUCAUUUAUGAUUUUUUUUCAGAUACUGCUUUAUUGACAGUUUUUUUUCUUAAAUUGUGCCUACUUUACACCCUUUUUUCUCCAGAUUACCAUUUAUUUUAUACUGUAGCUGUCUUUGCUCAUAACAGCGGGUUCGAUGGACUGUUUCUCCACAACUACUGCCAAUGGACAAUCUGAUACUUGUAGCAAGGAAAUAUUAAGGGUCUUAACAGUCUCAUCCAUCUGGAUUAGAAAGCCACUAUCUUGCCUACUAUACUGUAUAAGCCUAUUGCUAUCUUUGCUACUCAAAAAUGUUGUGUGGAUACUGUUCAGUAUAACUGGUCACGUGUCUCCUAUGGCACUCACAGCAAAUAUAUGGAAGAUGCACCCUUUUUUAAAAAAAUAUAUAUUCUGUGAUCAAUUUUUACAGCUUUUUUUCAUUUAAGUAUGAUUUGAGAUUUUUUGGAGGAGGCUUAACUCACAUCUCAUUAAUUAUUGACAUCAUUUUGGAAAAAGCAAAUAUUUUGGAACACUAAACUAGCUGUGGGAAUCCAUAUUCUCAUUUUCUAUGCUAAACUGAAUAUUUUCUUACCACUGUUCAAUGUAUAUUUGUAUUACAAAGUACAACACAUUUAAGUUGGCACUACAAUUGAGGAAGUUCUACUGUUGUGUAUUUUAUGUAACCUAUAUGUAUUAGCUUAAUAAAAGGGAAAAUGAUAUCACUUCAUCUAAAUAAUCCAGAUUUCUAGACGUGAACUGAAAAAUUUAGUAAAUGGUAUUCCACAA